UGUAAGAAUGCUGUUCAUUGACUACAGCUCAGCAUUCAACACCAUAGUACCCUCCGAACUCGUCUUUAAGCUCGAGACCUUGGGUCUCGACCCCGCCCUGUGCACCUGGGUCCUGGACUUUCUGACGGGCCGCCCCCCAGGUCGUGAGGGUAGGCAACAACAUCUCCACCCCGCUGAUCCUCAACACUGGGGCUCCACGAGGGUGCGUUCUCAGCCCUCUCCUGUUCACCCAUGACUGCGUGGCCAUGCACGCGUCCAACUCAAUCAUCAAGUUUGCAGACGACACUACAGUGGUAGGCUUUAUUACCAACAAUGACGAGACGGCCUACAGGGAGGAGGUGAGGGCCCUCGGAGUGUGGUGUCAGGAAAAUAACCUCUCACUCAACGUCAACAAAAAAGGAGAUGAUUGUGGACUUCAGGAAACAGCAGAGGCAGAACACCAUCCACAUCUGAGGGACAGUAGUGGAGAAGGUGGAAAGUUUCAAGAUCCUCAGCGUACACGUCACAGACAAACUGAAAUGGUCCAGCCACACAAGACAGCGUGGUGAAGAAGGCGCAACAGCGCCUCUUCAACCUCAGGAGGUUGAAGAAAUUUGGCUUGUCGCCUAAAACAUUCACAAACUUUUACAGAUGCACAAUCAAGAGCAUCCUGUCAGGCUGUAUCACCGCCUGGUAUGGCAACUGCAGAGGGUAGUGCGGUCUGCACAACGCAUCACCGGGAGCAAACUACCUUCCCUCCAGGACACCUACACCACCCGAUGUCACAGGAAGACCAAAAAGAUCAUCAAGGAUAUAAACCACCCGAGCCACGGCCUGUUCACAAGGCGAGGUCAGUACAGGUGCAUCAAAGUUGGGACCGAGAGACUGAAAAACAGCUUCUAUCUCAAGGCCAUCGGACUGUUAAACAGCCAUCACUAACACAGAGUGGCUGCUGUCAACAUACAGACUCAAAUCUCUGGCCACUUUAAUAAAUGGAAUAAAUGGAUUUAAUAAAGGUAUCAUUAGUCACUUUAAAUAACGCCAUUUUAAUAAAGUUUACAUAUCCUACAUUACUCAUCUUAUAUGUAUACACUGUACACUAUACCAUCUACUGCAUCUUGCCUAUGCCACACGGCCAUCGCUCAUCCAUAUGUACAUAUUCUUAUUCAUCCCUUUACAUUUGUGUGUAUAAGGUAGUCGUUGUGAAUUUGUUAGAUUACUUGUAAGAUAUUACUGCACUGUCGGAACUAGAAGCAAAAGCAUUUCGCUACACUCACAUUAACAACUGCUAACCAUGUGUAUGUGACCAAUAAAGUCUGAUUUGAUUUAGACUCCUCAUGUAUACACCAUAGAUCCAUGGUCAGAUUUAGGUCCUUAAUAACCUUGUCCUCAAACUCAAUUGCUACCACUUAGAGGUUCAAUAGAGAGCAAGCCGACUGGUAGGUGAGAUUAUGUUCUUACUAGACAUCAGUGUUCAGUCAAUCCAAGCCUGUACUGUACUGUAGCCCUGUCCUGUCCUCUAACACUGCCACCUGCUGUUCUGGCGGCUGUAUUGCUAGUACUGUUGCUACUGGCCUGACACUGAGGCUCAACUCAAAAUGGCAGCUGUACACAGCUCUACAGUCAGAGGCCCUGCUCUGAUCUGGCUGCCGGGUUACUGUGUGGAUUAGGGAUUAGGGGUCCGUUUGACCGGGGAUGAUGUUUCUACAUACAUAGCUGAUUUAAGGUUUGAUAGUGUUUGAAUAUACAGUAUUAGUCAUGUUGAAUCAUAAAUUCAGAUUUAGACUGCAUGACAGCAAUCCAUGCUUGGGUUUAACUUUCCUGGCACUGUUUCCAAAUAGGAAUAUUUUAGCAUUUGUGGCACAAAUCCCAUUCAAGUCAUGGGGCUGAUAUUAGCAUAUUUCGUGCAUGUCCAAAUCAUCCGAGGGUUGCAGGGUCUACAAGCCAUCUCUAAUUCUCAUGAUUCAACAAAUGAAUCAAUCGACCAAUGUGUGUGUGAACCUGUUUUUAACCCUCUACUGUGUGUUCUGUGGGAAGAGUGUGUGUGAAGAGAGUGGAGGAGUCAGAAGAACCUCAGCCGCUGUUCAGUGCCAGUGCUCCACCUGCCAGCCUCAGUCUACUGGGCAACUUUGAGGAGUGUGUGUUGAACUACCGCCUGGAGCCGUUGGGGUCGGUGGAGGGUUUCAUGGCCGAGGUGGGUGCUUCCGGAACCUUCUGCCCCAGUCACAUGACCUUCCCCGUCGAUGUUUCCUUCUACAGCGUCUCUGACGACAACGCACCCUCGCCAUACAUGGGAGUCAUCAACCUGGAGACUCUGGGUAAAAGGGGCUACCGCGUCCCUCCAUCAGGAACCAUUCAAGUGACCUUAUUUAACCCCAAUAAGACGGUGGUGAAGAUGUUUGUGGUGGUGUAUGACCUGAGAGCCAUGCCUGCCGGCCACCAGACCUUCCUCCGUCAGAGGACCUUUUCUGUCCCCGUUCGAUGGGACAGCACACACACACCCGGCAGCAGCAGGAAAGCCCUCUCCCUCGGCCAGGAACGCAUCCUGCGCUACCUCAUUCACCUGAGGUUCCAGACCUCCAGGUCAGGUAAAGUGUACCUCCACAGGGAUAUCAGACUGCUGUUCAGUAGGAAGUCUAUGGAGGUAGACAGUGGAGCGGCCUACGAACUCAAGUCCUACACAGAGUCCCCAGCUGACCCAGCCUUCUCCCCGCGCUGCUGACACACACAUACACACACCUCUAUCUGCACUGACACACACACACACACCUCUAUCUGCACUGACACACACACACACACCUCUAUCUGCACUGACGCACACACUCCUCUAACUACACUGACGUAUACACGCACACCCAGAGAGCUGGGCUCAGAGCGUUCUCGUGUGGAACAGUCCAGACAGGCUCCGUCCCAGAUACCUAAGGCCUGGAGAUUUUGCUGACCAUCUGACCAUGAACAACUCCUGGCCCUACAGAACCCUGCUGUUUUCUGUGACGCUCAAACACGUAGAAAAUACAUGUAGAAAAUGUAUUAAAGACAUGCUAAAACACACAUCAAAAACACAAUAGCGACCAUGGACCAUUGACUGACCAGAACAAGCAAUCAAGAGACUGAGAAAAUUACAAGACGACAUUGAAAAAGCGCACUGUGUAUUUCCACGACUGGAAAUCAAAAGGAGUAAUAUUCUAAUGUUUUUUUGUACUGUUACAAAAACAAAUCUUUAAAGUGUUGCAAUAGAGAGUAACAUGUAGCUUUAGUGUUUACAUAAUUUUCUUUGUUUACCGUCAGUUAUUUAAUAUUUAAAUGAAUAUUUCAGUUACUGCUUAUGUGACAUCUAUCAUCCUCAGCAUUAUGAUCUAGUGCAAAACUCUGUAAAUCAUAAUGUGUAUUUUUGACAUGAACUCAGAUCUGAAAAUAUAUCUAUAUCUUAAAGCAAUCUUGAAAGCUG